CAUCGUAGCUGAUUACUUGCCAAAAAUCCUGUAGUUCUUAUAGUUCUACGUACUUUUACUAUUAUUUUUUUGAUAUUCAGUGUUUUUGCCGUAAAAUUUUCUAUUCAUAAUAGUGUCACCGAAAAUGACGAUCGAGGAUCGGGUGGUGGCUCGCUUCAAUAAAGAGCUAGGUAAGGAUUUUGACGCCCUUCAGAAAAACGAAGCCUUGCUGCAAAGCUAUCGGGCGGACUUACAACGUCUGGCCAGUAGAAUCACCCUUCCCGAUGAGAACUGCAUGCCAGAACUGAAGAAUGCCAUCCAGUCGUGUUCGUGGAAGCACACGGAGCUGGAGGAAGCAGCCGACAACUUGGAAGCAUUUGAAGAAAAAUUGCUGGAGCGAAUCGAACGGCACAAGGAAGUUCUGGAGCGGAUCGAUGGCCAUCUGAAAAAGAUUAAGAAGCUGGAGAACAUGAAGGAAUACUUCAAGAUUCUACUGGAUAUACAGAGUGUCGGUCAGGAGCUAACCGUUUCCAUUAAUGGAAAGGACGAGAAUAAGACGAUCAGCCUAUAUGUGGCUCUAAGUGGACAUUCGAAUAGUAUUCUGGACCGGUUGAGCGGGUUGGAUUCGCCUCAUUUAAAAAUGUACGCCAGGAACACCGCCUUCUAUUGGCAUGAUAUCCUCAAGGAGAAAUUUUCCAAGGAUUUUGAAGCAGUUCUGAAGUCGAUAAAGUGGCCUAAUUUGAACCAAACACUUGAAUUGUUCAACCCUUCCAAAGAGAACCUCCACAAGCUGUCCAUUCUGGCGGAGUAUCUAUUCCUGGUGAAGAUUCCCGGUGAUCAAAACUUGCUAAGCGUCAAGCUCACACCCUCGAUCAUUUGUCCUCCUAUUACGGCACCAAACGAGUUGCUUCUGAAGCCAUUCCGGCUUCGAUUUACGUUUCAUUUUUUCGGCAAUAAGCAAACCAAUCGUCUGGACAAACCCGAGUGGUAUUUCACACAGAUCCUUGCAUGGGCUAAGGAGAACCAUGUGUUCGUGGGGCAAAAUUUCCAAACACCUGCCAUAAAGGCGGGUGUCGACAACCACAACGUUCGGUUGGAAUUCAUUCGAGGACUCGUACAGCUGGCCAUAGAGAAACUGAUCGAUGACAUCGAUUCUAUUUGUCAGGAUGAGGCGUUAUUUAGUCAUUUGAUUGACGAAAUACUUUCGUUCGAGCAGGAAUUGAAAUCCACCCUCGGGUAUCCGUCGAGUUUCCCUAGUGCCGUUUCUGUGCUGAUUCAGCCAAAGUAUCUGGUCAAGUGGAUGGCAAUCGAGGAGAAAUUCACCACGGAUAAAAUGGACGCUAUGCUGAAGAGCGUAGACCCUUGGAAGUUUCUUGAUCCUGCCAAUCUGGACGAUAUGAAAAUUCCUUGCUGUGCGGAUCAGUUCAUCCGACUGCUGGAUGCCAUUCGUGAGCGGUACUGUUCCUUGCCGCAACCCGGACAACAAUUGCAGUUUUUAGAACUCCAACUUGAAUUGAUCGACAACUUCCGGCGGAGGCUAGUUCAGUUGCACAAUAGCCCAGGGCCUGAUUGCGUCAGUUCGACCAAGAUUUUGAACGCCAUCAACUACAUUACUUCGGUCUUACGAGAAUGGGGUGAAAACGUGCACUAUUUGCACUUGCAUGCCGCUUUGUAUGGUCCUCACGCCGACGAAAUCAGCUCCGUAUUCGACAAAACGAUCGAAGAGAUGGACCACUGGCAAAGGUCGUUGGUCAAAGAUCUUGCCUCACGGGUAGUGGAUGACGUCAAAGCAAAAUCCCGCUCCUAUAGACACGACGUGUGGCCAUCUAUGAACCAAUUGGACACGAAGGAGACUUUCAUGAUGUCGGCCAGCGCCAGCGAAAUGUUCCAAAUGUUGGUGAACCAUCUGCACAGUCUAGAGGCGGAACUGUCUGCCAAUGUGUUCUCGAUCGUGAUUCGGCUGAUCGCUCUUCACCUGGACGAGUGGUUCAUCGAUGGGAUGGUAAUGAACACAAAGUUCUCAACUGGUGGAGCACUGCAGUUCCAGUUCGAUAUGACCAGGAAUCUGUUUGCCCUGUUGGGACAGUAUGCCCGAAAACCAAGCUUACUGUUUAAGAGAAUAAACGACACUUGCAUACUGCUGACGAUGCCGCUGGGUUCGGCAAUGUUGCUGCAUGAGACACUGCGAUCUUCAGAGCAAACAGAAGAUGUUGUGCGAUCAACCCUGAAAGAGGUGGGACUAUCCAUACUCGGUAAAACGGCGACCAUAGAAAUUUUGGAGAGGAGGAAUGAUAUAGUUGUUUCCUAAUAAUAUAGUAUUUUAUUGUAUAUGUUUCGGUGAUAUUGUGUUGUAUGAACCUAAAGUUUUUCUAUUAAGUCUUGUUGCGAAAAAGAAUAAAAAAUCCGUUGAAAAUGCUUCUAUACUGUAUAAAA